UGAAAAGACAAAAGAAAAUUCAACAAAUUGCAUAUUAGCAAGGCAAUUAGAAUUUUUAAUUUUUUUUAAGUCAACAAAAACAGAAUAAAUUAUUUAAAAUAAUUAAAUUUGCAGUGAAUUGAGUGUUUAGGAGACUAAUUUCUAUAAUGAAAACAAAUUGCUAGUGAAUUACACGGGCGUUAAAGUGAAGUGUACACACGGCUGAGCAGCCUGAGAAGCAUGAGAUAAAGCGAAUAGAAGAAGCUUAGUAGAAUUCGAGCGACGAAAGCAACAAAUACAACGGUGCAAAAGUGUGCGGCGUACGUUAACAUGGCGAUGACGGUUUGACGGGCAUAUUAAUAACGGGAAAUGUAUGAAAAUUAAACAAUAAACAAAUUUUUUGUUACGCAAUCAAUGAAAGAAAGUGCAAAAUAACAAAAGACAAUAAUUUAUAAAGCGGAAAUAACAUAGCGUGUAAGGGAAACACAAAGCAAAGUGGUUAAAGCAAAAACCACGGAGGAAAAAAUCGACGUGCGUAGGACCUCUGUGUGCGCUUUGCCAGGAUACACACAGCGGGUGCCACCCAAAAACAAAAAAAAAAAAAAAAAAAAUCGAAAGCGAAGAAAUAUUUACUGCCAGCAAGUAUCCUUAGCAGCGAGCUUAUUAACGGCACCAAAUCAGACAUUCAGCAAAUAAAAAGUGUACUUGUUGUUGUUGUAUGUAAAUAACGCAUACGUGCUGCAGCAGUUCUAAGCGUAGCAAUGUCUAAAACACCGUCAUUCGAUAAGGAUCGUGACUACAUCGGCUUUGCCACACUACCCGAGCAGGUGCAUCGGAAAUCAGUAAAACGUGGUUUCGAAUUUACGCUCAUGGUUGUCGGUGAAUCAGGCCUAGGCAAGUCAACGCUGAUCAAUAGUCUGUUUCUCGGUGACCUAUACAAAAAUCGAGUAGUACCCAAUGUUGAAGAGCGGCUCGAGAAAACGACGCGUGUCGAAAAGAAGACAAUGGAUAUAGAAGAACGCGGUGUACGCUUACGCUUAACGGUAGUUGAUACACCCGGUUUCGGCGACGGCAUCAACUGUGAGGACAGUUGGCGCGUCUGUACCGCCUACAUCGACGAGCAGUUCCGUCAAUAUUUCACAGACGAGAGUGGACUGAAUCGUCGCAAUAUACAGGAUAAUCGUGUGCAUUGUUGUUUGUACUUUGUGCCGCCGUGGGGCCACAGUCUACGUCAGAUGGAUCUGGAUCUCAUUAGGCGCCUACACCGAAAGGUCAAUAUAGUGCUGGUGAUCGCCAAGGCGGAUUGUCUGACCAAAAAUGAGGUGCGCAAACUCAAGGAGCGCAUACUGCAAGAUUUGGAGGAUAACAAAAUACAGUUAUAUCAGUUUCCCGAAUGCGAUUCGGACGAAGAUGAUGACUUCAAACAGCAAGAUCGCGAUCUAAAAGCAUCGAUACCAUUCGCCGUUGUCGGCAGCAACACGAUACUUGAGGUGGCGGGCAAAAAGGUGCGCGGCCGCCAGUAUCCCUGGGGUGUGGUGGACGUGGAAGAUCCCGAACAUAGUGAUUUCAAUAAGUUACGCACUUUCCUCAUCUCGACACACAUGCAAGAUCUGAAGGACACCACACAGGAUGUGCACUACGAGAACUUCCGUGCACAAUGCAUCUCACAGAUAUCGCAACAUGCGCUCCGAGAGCGCGGCAAAUUGAAGCGCGACUCAAUUAGCUCGACCAAUGGUUUUGAUGCGGCCAUUUCGGAAACCGAUCGUCUGUUGUUGCAGAAAGACGAAGAGAUACGACGCAUGCAGGAUAUGCUCACGCAGAUGCAGGAGAAACUCAAACAGACACAUUUGAUGGAGAUGAAGAAAAACGACAGUGUUAUCGAUGUUUAAGCGCAAACAAAGAGAGAGAAAGGGAGAGAGAGAGAGAAAAAGAGAGAGAGAUAGAGAAAGAGAGAGAGGGUGCUACAGAGUAACCAGCAGAGAGCAGCUUGUUUGGAGGAGUAAAAUUACUUUGUAGGCGUGAGCUCGAACCCCAGCAAAUCCAAAAAGUACCAAUAUUUCGCGCACAACUGUACAACACUGAGUAUUUAUGAUUUGGCAAAUACUUUUUUAAAGUAAUGCUAGAAGCACAGACACAUACAAAUAUACAUAUAUUACAAUAUAGAGUACACACAAUUAGCUUAGUUUGAGCUUAAAUUAAACCAAACAGAGUUAGGUUAGGUUCCCUAGCACAAAUACUAGGCGCACCAAAGUGUUUUCUGAGCUCAUUUAGACUUCGAUUUUCAUUUUCGAAAUUUGGCCACACACAUACCAGUGCAUAAAAUAAGAAAAUAUUCUCAAAUAUAUAGAGACACAACGAUCAGCUGAUUUAAGCAUUAUUUUAAAGCGUUGAUAAUCCCAAAAAUUGGCAAAAUAUUUAUUCCCCCACACACUCACACACAAAUCCAUAUAAAUGCAUUCCAAAUCCAUCAUUACGAAAGUGUAAGAUUUAUAUAGUCUGCAAAACGAAUAAGCGGUUUUUUCUAGAAUCCAAACGUUAGCGGUAUUCACAAGCGUUAAAUAGCUACUUACUAAUCAAUUGCAUAUUAGAAGCGAUCAUAUUUAAACGAAAAAUAUAUAAUUACAAAUAAUAAUAAAAAUAAAUUUACAAAAACAUUUUCGAAAAUAGCGAUGCAUUUAAAAAAUAUUUGCAUAUUAAGAGUUCAAAUUGGAUGGCAACAUGAACAUUUUUUUCAUAACAAAACUACAGGGAUGUGCGAUUAAUCGAUUGUGGCUAAAAUGAGCGAUAAUAAAUGAAAGGAAAAUAAUCCAAUAUUUUUUAUGUAUGUAUAUAUCUAUAUAUCGUCAGUUUUUAGAUUUUCUUUCAACUGUGGCUAAAUCUUGUUGCUAAUAGAAGUUAAUUAAUUCAAAUUUAAUUGGCUUGAAUUUAAGUAAAUUGAUUGUAAUUGAAAAGUUUUUAUGUAAUUAAAAUUUAAAAAAUUUAAAUUAAAUUAAAUUAAAUAAUUAAUAUAGUAAUUUAAUUUAAUUUCAAACAUAAUUUAAUUCAAUUUAAUUUAAUUUAAUUUAAUUACUAUAUUAAUUAACUAAUUUAAUUUAAUAUUGAAUAAUUUAAUUUCAAAAUUAAUUGAAUUAAUAUUUAAUUAAUUUAAUUUAAUUAAGUUUGAAAUUAAAUAAAAUUAAUUAAUUAAUAUAAAUAGUAAUUAAAUUAAAUUUAAUUAAAGUAAGUUCGAAAUUAAAUUAAUUUAAUUAAUUUUUCAUUGCUCUUGUUCCAUAAAUCACUUUAAAUAAAUCCAAAACUCAUUAUUCUCUUUUGAAUUGAACAAAAUUAAUUAAAUUAAAUUUAUUGCUCUUAAUUAAAACAUUUUGUAUUAAUUUAAUUAAUAAUUUUAAGACUUUUAGUUCAAUAAGACAUGUGGGCUUAAUAACAGACAUUACGCUGGACUAAACUUUAAUCUAACUGUAGUCAUUUGGAAAGUUUUUCAAUAUUAUUAUGAGCAUAUUUCUGAUAAGCGAGCUAUCAUCAAAAAAUAAAAUUACAAACUUUUAAUUUUAAUAAUUUUUUUUUUAUUUUAAUUUUUUUUACAACAAAUUUUGUUUUUGAUUCUACAAAAAAUUAUUUUUUUUUAAUUUUAAUUUUUUUUUUAAUUUUAAUUUUUUUUUAAUUUUAAUUAAAUUUAAAAAUUACAUUUUUUAUCGAAAAUGUUGUUUAUGUUUUUAUAAAAAAAUUAAAUUUUGUUUAUAAAACUGACUUAUUUUUUUUACAAAAAAAUAUUUUUUAAUUAUUAAUUCAAUUUUUUACAUUUUUUAAUUUUUUGCUAUUUUAAAAUUUUCAAUAGUUAAAACUUCACAUAUGUAUUUUUAAAAAUUAAUAAACCGGGUAUAAAUGUUAUAAAAAAUAUCAUAUUAUAAAAAAAAUAUUGCUUAAAAAAUGCUUAGUCAUAAUCGAUAAUCGCCACAACCCCAUUACGAAUUUUUUGAAAUUAAAUAAUUAUCUGCAAAAGCAAAUAUAAUAAUAAAAGCGAAUCAUUUUAGCAAAAGCAUAACAGUAUUGCUAUAAAAAAUCAUUUAUCAUGCAAGCAAAGAACAAAAAAAGAAAAAAUGAAGGAAAAUAUAAGAAAGUUUGAAGGAAAACAUACCAAAGCAGUGAGCGUAUCAGCAUUAAGCGUGUAUUGUUUAUAAGUAGACAGCGUGCGAAGGGCGUGAGCAGGUCUGCAAACAAUUAUAAAAAUAUAAUUAAUUUAAAAAAAAAGUAAUUAAUUAUCAGUAAUUAAAAAACAAAUUAAAAAUAUAAUUAAAUAAAAAAAAUUACUAUCAAUAAUAAAAAAAUAAUUAAUUAAUUAUCAGUGAAAAAAAAUUUUAUUAAUUAAAAAUUAAAAUAUAAAAUAACAUAAAAAUACGAAAUAUGAAUUUAAAACUUAAUUAAAAAAAAUUAAUUAAAUUAACAAAAUUAUUAAUUGCAAUUAAUUUUAAUAUAUUAAAGUAAUAACAUUAUUAAUUAGAAUAAAUUUUAAUUUGAAAAUACAAAGUAUGAAUUUAAAAAUUAAUAAAAUAUAAUUAAUUAAAUUAAAAAACAUAAUUAAUUAAAAUUAAUUUUAAUUUGAAAAUACAAAAUAUGAAUUUAAAAUUUAAUAAAAUAAAAUUAAUUAAGUUAAUAAAAUUAUUAAUGAUUAAUUACAAUUAAUUUUAAAGCAACCUUUCAAUAAGUAUAUCGUCGUCUGCUAUUAUAGUUAAAUUGAAUAUUGUUGUAAUUAUAUUUUUGCAUAAGUUUUUUAUGUAAAACUAUCUUACUAACUAAACAAACUAACUGCGAAAACACACACACAUAUACUACAUACAUUUUGUAUUAUAUUUUUAUUUUUAAGCUAUAACGAUUUACAUAAAUUAACUAUACUCACACAUACAAACACACAUUAACUACAUCUGCUUAAUUGUAUAUAAGUACAGUUAUGCAGCUGGAAAAGUCUUUGAACUCGCUGCAGCUUAAUGCAGCGAAUUGUCAAUUUGAAGCUCAACUAAACACCAACUUUCACACUACAAACACUCGAAACAUAUUUACAUACAAACAUAACCUAUAAACAUAUUUCGGUUGCAAAGUCUUGUAUAUGAUGUGUUAGAAUUAUGUUAAACUAUGUGAAUUGGUGACGACUUUGUUAUUUGAUGGAUCAAAUUUGUUGGUGCAUCGCAUUUUCCUUGGUUAUAUAAAUGCUGUUUAUAUAUAUUUUGUAAAAGUGAAGCGAACACAUGAACACUACAUACUACUACAAACAAACACAUACAGACAAAUGUGAGUAAAAUUACGCUAUGAUUGCUAUUACGAACUAUAUUAUAUUUUUAUUAUUAUUGUAUUUUCUUAUUAUUAUUAUAAUGAUAAUGGGAAUAAGAAGCGAUACGAUUUAUUUAGUAUUUUAGAAUUUUAAGAUUAAAAGCUCAUAAUAAAUUAUUAACUGAUGAUAUAAAAAAAUA